AUGAGGUAAUAAAAGGAUGGUCUAUUUUCUCAAAGCCAGUUAUACGUAAAAGAACUAUGUGAAUCAUUAAAUGUUUUGGAAUUUUUAGAUGAUUAAGCAAAUUUAAGUAUAACUCAAUCUUCUCAACCGGAAAAUUUGUAAAUGUCCAAUAAAAGCAACAAAAAUGAAAAUUUAACUAAAAGUAGACCUUAAGCGUAAUAAUCUAGUUUAUAGUAAACAGAGAAAUAAAAUAAAAUCCGUAUGGAUCCGAAUGGGCAAAUAAAGUGCUAGAAACAUAAUUCGGAGUUCAUUUAUCUCAAAUAACUCUAAGAAAAAGGCCUAAAUGGAUCAUAAAAAAAUUGAAACCGGUAGAAAACGAUGAUAAUAAUGAAAAAUAACAUUCUCGAUUGAUUAAUGUAUUGAAAAACGUUUAUUAUUAAGGAUAUAAAAACUCAAGAAAGAUUAUAUCGAAAAACAACCUCAAAAUCAAAUAACAGGGAAGUAGAUAACAAAGUUAAAAAUUAUCGUUAAUCUUUUAGUAGGCUUAGACAGCCUUUACCUACUUUUGGCAUAAAUUUCGUACAAAAAUUGGAUUAAUGCAAUAAUGAUUAUAUUUUAUGA